CCACCUGCGACCGAAUCACGACCUGGGCGUCCUGACGCUGUGCCCACUCCGAUCUGUUGCCCAACUCCUUCACAACUUUAGGUGCCCUGCCCUUGCGCUUGCUUGCGCUUGGCUGGAUGGCGUCGGCAGCAGAGACACAACACUCGAAUGGUAGUGGAGAGGAUACGGGCCGAGGAGGCAGUAGUGUGGACGAAAGCGUACACAAGGACCUGCCCCAAGCCGCCCUGCCCCAAGCCGCCCUGCGUCCACACCCGCCGCCAUCGCCGCCUGCCACUGAAACAGACACCGAGACAGAGUCAGAUGCCGCCUCAUCAGUGCCGCGGACCCUCCCCGGAAUCGACACACCUCUACCAAAUGCUCGAACCGAAGAGGGGAACGUGCUUAGCCCCGCCGAAGAUGUCUCGCCGGUUUCUUCGCCUGUGACCUCGCCCGUGGCGUCCCCGCCCUACUGGACACAUAGCGGCGCCAAUAGCUCCGACCGCCGCCCGGGCCACGCGAGAAACGUCUCGAGCGCGUCUGUCGACUCGAUCCCUAGUGGCGGUAUUACCUUGCGCGAUAACGAGAAUAGCAGCACCGACGAUCGGGGCAGCGCGUGCUGGGCCAAGAGCGUGGAGAUCACCGAUUACGUGACCGUCAACGGCAGCACGACGAAUAUCGGCGCCUUCGUGGUUUGGAACAUACGGGUCGAGACGCUGAGCGGAAGCUAUAUGAACAUUCGCAAGCGGUACUCCGAGUUUGACGAUUUCCGGUGGCGACUGGUGCGCACGUUCCCAAACUUCGAGGCGGCCGUGCCAGAGUUGCCGCCCAAGAGCCUCGUGUCCAAGUUUAGGCCUAGGUUCCUAGAGAAGCGCCGGGCGGGCCUGCAAUACUUUCUCAACUGUAUACUACUGAACCCCGAAUUCUCUGGGUCCCCCGUGCUGAAGGAAUUCUUAUUCUCAUGAGCUAUGGCCGAAACGGCGAGUCGGUGUCGAGCGUCUCCUCGAAUGACUAGUGGCGCAUUAGGCCCUGGCGCCCUUAACUCGGGACCUCAUUCGACCACGACGCGACUAUUUACGAAGUAAUGCUAAUCCUGUACGAACACAAUCUCUUGGAUACUAUGACGAAUUUAUGAAGAGACUAAGGAUGCGGUUGGGAUACUUCCUUGGUGGGAAGUCGAUGUUCCUCGCGUCUUCCCGCAGCGAACAGCUACGAAGACU